AGUGGACUUCAAAUAUUUUCACUUUUAAAGAGAACAAUCCUAAAUAAAUAUGCUUUCAAAUUUCAUUUACAUCAGAACUUUAAUACCAAUAAAAUCCCUACAAAGGUAAUGUAGCAUUGUUCUGUAAGCAAUCUGUCAAAUGACAAUUUUAAUACACAAGCUGAUCAGUAUAUAAAAUGGCAGUGCUUUAACAAGUAAUUUAUUUAUUUUUUUGCAAAUGUAGGAAAAUGAGACUUUUCAUUUGGUGGCUCCCAGUUUUAAAAAGUCAAUUUGACACUUGAGUCCAGUUUCCAACCUAUCUCAUUAGGUUUAACAUGCUCACAGCCAGUGGCUCUGCUCCGGUGAAGCGCCGCUGUCCAGAAGCUCAUCCUGCUCUGCAGCUUCACUGUCGAGCUCGGUCAGUUGCUCGGAUGGAGGCGGUUUGGGAAUUUCAACAGCCCUCUGGAUGCGGACCUGAAACACAGUAGAGAUCAUAAACACACUCAGGACAGGAGCACCAAAAGCUGCAUUUGCCACUUUGGAAAACAGUGAGUGAAUGUCUCUAUGUACAUCACAAAAUGACACCCUAAGUUUGUUAGGUGAUGUGCUUCAAUGUUACAUUUUCCUUGUUAAAACACGUGGAUCAGUCAUGGAUGAAAUCGGUGAUUCUCAACUGGUGGGCUGGGGACUCGUUUUCACUGGGUUGCAUGUCUUUGCCUAGGCAAAAAAAAGUGUCCGACAAAUGUAAUGACCUGAUGUCCAUCAGUGCACCUCGUGCUCUUGUCUGUGCUAUUUGUCUGCUACACCGCGAUGUGUGUGUCAUGUUUCUGGGUGACUGUCAAGCUUAAGCAGGAGGGAAAGGACAUAAAAAACAGCAGUGAAAUAAAGUUUAUUGAAUUGCACUUUGUUAAAAUUUGUUAGUUUUUGCACAAAAACUCAUUGUAAUCGUAGUAGUAAUCAUUAAACUUGUUUUUUGCUAAACUGCUGUUUUGCACAACCUCCUAUUCAAACUACCCUUAAUGUCUUGUCUCAAAAGGUAACACUUUUGAGUUGAAAAAUGUCUGCAGUUUGAGCCGUUGCUUGUCAUUAAGGGGUGAUGGUGGGUCAACCAGUUGGGAACCACUGGAUUACAUCAGCUUUCAUGGUGGUCAACAAUAUUUAAAGGGCCUAAUAUAUAUACGUAUAUAUAUUUUGGAAAUUCAAGUUUAUGGAUAGAUUCACCGUUAGUGGUCAGUUCAAUAUUGCUGGUUCUGUUCCAAACAUACGUCACUGACAAGUAAUAUUUGUGUUACAACACACAAAAUGAUUUAUCUGAGCAAGAAGAUGGAGGAAGUUUCAGCAUUGGAUCACAAAAAGAAAAUAUAGCUUUGCCGUCACAGGAUUUUGCCUGCAUCGCCACCUAAAGCUGUUUAAAAACUACUCAAUUGUAGGUUAUGACAGGUAAAUGCUGCAGUUCUGCUGUGAUGGUGGUGAGCAAGAAGCUUACCCUUUUUGCCAGAGUGGGCCUUCGCCUGCAUGGACAGAGAUACAGGAACGACGUACAGGCAGCGAAACAGCGAAAGGAGAACACCAUUUCCACCACAGACAUCAAGAUGAGCGGCACCCACAGAAUAAUUGUGGUGCUCUGAUUGGGGAAAAGAAGAUAUAGGUAUCAUUUAUCAGCUGACAUUUCUUUUUAAACACAGACUAUGUCCUCACAUAGAUGCGGGUGGGGUCGAAGGGGCAUUCAUAGGUGACACUGGAAGAUCCAACAUCACUCUUAAGGAGAUUGCAGUGUGUCAGCAGGCUCCGUCCUUUAUGAAUAAUAGCGGUCACCAUAGAAGCCAGCAGCCCCAAGGUGGAGGCGACAGCCAAGAGCCCUGCCAUGAGGCUGAACACCAGCAGGACCCACUUCUGCAGCCACAACACAACAUAGUGUAAUCAGUAAAAGGCAGAAUUGGGAGCACAUGUUUUCUAAUUCCAUCACAGAUUCAUUUCGUUUUCUUUUGUUGGGUUGUAUUUUCUGAGAAUGAUGCCUCAUAACUCACAAUAACUUGAAGGUCGACCGGUCAUCAUGCAUGACGUCACGUUAGACAUCAGCAAAUAUUGUAGAACGUUAGUGAGGCUGAACAAGUUUUGCUUUUUCUAUGACUCUUUGUGUUUUUGUAUGGUGCCCCCACAAAAGGGGUACCAAAGACUGCAAAAGGAAAAGUGUGAUGAUUUAUCAUUGCAACGUAUUAGUAAACAUGUCUCUGUAUAGUGUUAAUGUGAACCAGACACACCUGUCAGGCACAUGCGUGUUCUGCAGAUGCCAUCAAAGUUAAUGGUGAGUAAAUUCAAUUUACAGUAAAGUGGUUAUUGCUCUAUUAAACUAACACAGUCCCCUCUCUUCACGUGCGCACUUGCAACAUUGAUGUCAUGCAUCCUCAAAUGAGAGGAGGGGGCCACGACUCGCAUGAGGAUACUGCACAGCUCCGGUACCGUAAAAUACCUCAAGAAGAAGAAGAUUUCCAAGGUUCCCAAGUAUCUUCUAUUGCGCCAUCCUUUUUUCAUCCACAAUGAGGGAAAUCGUUCACAUCCAGGCUGGCCAGUGUGGAAACCAGAUCGGUGCCAAGUUCUGGGAAGUGAUCAGUGACGAGCAUGGCAUCGACCCUACUGGGACCUACCAUGGAGACAGCGACCUGCAGCUGGACAGGAUCAAUGUCUACUACAAUGAAGCCACAGGUUCAUGCUUACAACUGACACAUUCAUGUCACUUGUUCAAUUUUGUCAAGUCCUGUCUAUUUCUGACUUGGAUCAUUGUCGUUGUUGUGCAUGAAGGAGGUAAAUAUGUGCCCCGUGCUGUUCUUGUGGACUUGGAACCAGGCACAAUGGAUUCUGUGAGAUCCGGAGCUUUUGGGCAGAUAUUUCGACCUGACAAUUUUGUGUUUGGUCAGAGCGGUGCAGGUAACAACUGGGCCAAGGGUCAUUACACUGAGGGAGCUGAGGUGGUCGACUCAGUUCUGGAUGUUGUGCGCAAAGAAUCUGAAAACUGUGACUGUCUGCAAGGCUACCAGCUCACGCAUGCUCUCGGUGGUGGAACCGGAUCGGGCAUGGGAACCCUGCUCAUCAGCAAGAUUCGUGAGGAGUACCCCGAUCGGAUCAUGAAUACAUUCAGCGUGGUGCCUUCCCCCAAGGUGUCCGACACAGUGGUGGAACCCUACAACGCCACUCUGUCCAUCCACCAGCUUGUUGAGAACACAGAUGAAACCUACUGCAUCGACAACGAGGCUCUCUAUGACAUCUGUUUCCGCACGCUCAAACUGACCACGCCCACCUACGGAGACCUGAACCACCUCGUGUCCUCCACCAUGAGUGGCGUCACCACCUGCCUGCGAUUCCCCGGCCAGCUCAACGCUGACCUCCGUAAACUGGCAGUCAACAUGGUGCCUUUCCCGCGUUUGCACUUCUUCAUGCCGGGCUUUGCCCCCUUGACCAGCAGGGGGAGCCAGCAGUACCGAGCCCUGACCGUUCCCGAACUCACCCAGCAAGCUUUCGACGCCAAGAACAUGAUGGCGGCGUGCGACCCGCGUCAAGGCCGCUACCUGACCGUGGCCACUGUGUUCCGUGGGCGCAUGUCCAUGAAGGAGGUGGACGAGCAGAUGCUCAACGUCCAGAACAAGAACAGCAGCUACUUCGUCGAAUGGAUCCCCAACAACGUCAAGACCGCCGUCUGCGACAUUCCGCCCCGUGGACUUAAGAUGGCCGUCACCUUCAUCGGCAACACCACGGCCAUCCAGGACAUGUUCAAGCGCAUCUCCGAGCAGUUCACGGCCAUGCUGCGUCGUAAGGCCUUCCUGCACUGGUACACAGGUGAAGGAAUGGAUGAGAUGGAGUUCACUGAAGCAGAGAGCAACAUGAAUGAUCUAGUGUCUGAGUACCAGCAGUACCAGGACGCCACUGCGGAGGAUGAAGGGGAAGGCGAGGAGGAGCCUGAAGAAGAUUGAAGCUUGUAGAUAACUUUAUUU